ACCCGCGGACCGAGCGUCAGGGUGGUCCAUGACCCCCGGAGCCAUAGACCUUCCUCUGCACUGGGUCCCUUUUCUCCCCCUGAAACAUGGUGCUUUGCCUUUAACUCCGCGCUCCGCUGGACUGUGCGGAGCCUUACCGGUUCUUCCCGCCUCUUUCUCCACCUCUUCCUUCCCCCUCCCAGACGAGUUUCAGGUGAAUGGGUCGCAGAGGGAGGAGGCGGCCACCCCACACCUCCUCCCCUUUCUCCUUCCCUAGGCGGAGACAGCGGGACUCGCGGGAGAACUGGCCAGAGCGCCGAGGAGCUCGUGCGAAGUGCAGCAGGUGGGGAUCGCUCGGGCGGAGCGGCGGACCUCCAGCCGCACGGCCUGGCGUUGGUUGGCUUAUCUUGGGAGCUUCAGGACGUUGCUCAUCUUGAAGAUCAGGUGACCACUGACCAUGUCAUCGAGGCCUUUUGAAAGUCCACCUCCAUAUAGACCUGAUGAAUUCAAACCCAGUCAUUAUGCACCAAGCAAUGACAUGUAUGGCGGAGAGAUGAAUGUUCGACCGAUGCUUUCUCACACGGCCUAUUCUUUCUACCCAGAAGAUGAAAUUCUUCACUACUACAAGUGGACCUCCCCUCCAGGAGUGAUUCGGAUUCUGUCUAUGCUGAUCAUCGUGAUGUGCAUUGCCAUAUUUGCCUGCGUCGCCUCCACACUUGCCUGGGACAGAGGUUAUGGAAACGGCAUAAUAGGGAGUGGUAUAGGCUACCCUUUUGGAACAGGUAGCUUUGGAGGCUAUGGAAAUGGCUACGGUUAUGGCUACGGUUAUGGCUACGGAACAGGUUAUACAGAUCCAAGAGCGGCAAAGGGCUUCCUACUGUCUAUGGCUGCCUUUUGUUUCAUUGCUGCAUUGGUGAUAUUUGUCACCAGUGUUAUAAGAUCUGAAAUAUCUAGAACAAGAAGAUACUACCUGACUGUGAUAAUAGUGAGUGCUAUCCUGGGCUUCAUGUUGUUUAUUGCUACAAUCGUCUAUAUAAUGGGAGUCAAUCCAACUGCCCAGGCCUCUGGGUCCAUGUAUGGCUCACAGAUUAUUGCCCUCUGCAACCAGUUUUACACGUCUACAACUUCCGGACUCUAUGUGGACCAGUAUUUAUAUCACUACUGUGUGGUGGACCCCCAGGAGGCCAUUGCCAUUGUACUAGGGUUCAUGGUUAUUGUGGCUUUUGCUUUAAUAAUUUUCUUUGCUGUGAAAACUCGAAGGAAGAUGGACCAGUAUGACAAGUCGAAUAUUCUGUGGGACAAGGAACGUAUUUAUGACGAGCAGCCCCCCAAUGUUGAAGAGUGGGUUAAAAAUGUGUCUGUAGGCACACAAGACCUGCCUCCCCCCCCUUCGGACUUUGUGGAUGGAGUGUACAGUCCUGUGGCCUGCUCCUCCAACGGCAGAGUGAAUGACAAGCGAGCAUAUGCAGAGUCCUCCUAUAAAUCAGUGCCGGUGCCCGAAGUAGUACAGGAACUUCCAGUGACUUCACCCGUGAAUGACUUCAGGCAGCCUCAUUACAGCAGCAAUGAUAACUUUGAGACACCUUCUAAAAGGGCUCCCACAAAGAGGAGAGCGGGGAAGCCGAAGAGGCCAGAGCAGGACCACUACGAGACGGACUACACAACGGGCGGCGAGUCCUGCGAGGAGCUGGAGGAGGACUGGGUCAGGGAAUAUCCACCUAUCACUUCGGAUCAUCAAAGACAACUCUAUAAGCGAAGUUUCGACACCGGCCUGCAGGAAUACAAGCGCUUACAAGCUGAACUUGAUGAGAUCAAUAAAGAACUCUCUCGUCUGGAUAAAGAAUUGGAUAACUAUAGAGAAGAAAGUGAAGAAUACAUGGCUGCUGCUGAUGAAUACAAUAGACUGAAGGAAGUGAAAGGAUCUGCAAAUUACAAAAGUAAAAGGAAUUAUUGCAAACAGUUGAAGAGUAAGUUGUCACACAUCAAGAAAAUGGUUGGAGACUAUGACAGAGGGAAGACAGAAAGCAGAGUCCAGAUCGUCUGAGUGGCUAAGGGGCGUCUGGUAUGUCUCAGUGAUGCUGUCAGGAUGCAGAAUGACUUUGGACUCCAGCCAGAGAGGACAAACCUUGUGACCAUUACAGAGUUUUGGUAGCUUUAAUAUCAUCGAUAUUGAAGCAUUUUAUAAGUACCUUUUGAUAAUCAACUGGGCUGAACACUCCAAUUAAGGAUAUUAUGCUUUAAACUUUGGUUCUUUUAUUAAGAACUAAUUUGUUUGAGGUUUUUAAACUGUUGACCUUAAAGGAAGGUUGCUGAGUGGACUGUGCUGUGAACUUUCAUGCCCUAGGCAGUUGUGCCUUAGUACUUCAUUGUUUCCAGUAGGUGAUCUCAUUUAAUCCUCCCAGAAUGCUCCCUUUACAUAACUAUUAUUUAUAAUCAUUCCUUUUCAGAUAAGGAAACUGGGUCCCUGCAAUGAAGUGAAACUGCUUAUUUCCUAGCCUGCAGUUUUGGUUAAGUCUCUUCUAUGACUCCAUUAAUAAAGUCCCUGGCCAUUUACAUUUUAGCUGCUGUGGAUAUUGCAUUCUACCAACUUCCCUAUUGAUAUUUUUGUGUAUGUGUAAAUGGUUAAAAGAGCUUUUUAUUGUUUUAUGUUAUCUUGGUAAUAAAGAUCAUGUAAAAGUAACAAAUUUUGAAAUUUAAAGCUUGUAAAUAUUUACUUUUAAAAUCAAAAUUUAAAACCACUGGUUAGAAUUUUAUUGUGUAUUUUUAAAUACUUUUUAAUCUUUUAUGGUUUACAUGCUUUUUAAAAAAACCAACUUGGCCUUUUCAUUAUAUUAGAGUAUCUGAUUACAUCUGUAAUUUGGUUGUGACUUGAAAUGCAUCUUACAGGAAUGUUCAAGUUCUAUACAUAUUUUGUAAGGUAUUAAACCAGGUGUUUUCUUUCUAUAA